AUUCUUGUGGUUUCCUUUCAGUCAUCAUGGCUUCCCACCCAAAGCUCUCACACCUUCUUCCUGCUGCCCGACUGCGGCAGCUCGCCCGUGAUUGGCUGCAAGAAGAUUCUCCCAGCUUUGACUAUGGUGGCUACACUGUGGGCAACCAUCAGGUGUAUGCUGUGCUCUUUUGUAAAUCCCCUGGAGUCUUAGCUGGUUUCCCUUUCUUUGAAGCCAUCUUUGCCGAAGUCGGCUGCUCUGUGGAGUGGCUCCAAACUGAAGGAACCUGGGUUGAACCCGUCACCCGAGUGGCUGAAGUCCAUGGUCACGCCAAUGACCUCUUGCUGGGUGAGCGAGUGGCUCUGAACUGUCUGGGACGCUGUAGUGGUGUUGCCACAUCGGCAGCAAAAGCUUGUCGGGCAGCACAGGAAGCUGGUUGGCACGGAGAGGUAGCUGGCACAAGGAAGACCACACCUGGGUUCCGUCUCCCAGAAAAAUAUGCACUUCUAGUUGGGGGAGCUUCCUGUCAUCGUUAUGAUCUGGGAAGCCUCAUCAUGUUGAAGGACAACCAUGUCUGGGCCUCUGGCAGUAUCACACAAGCAGUUCACAAUGCCCGGCGGGUCGGUGGCUUUGCCCUGAAAAUAGAAGUGGAGUGUGGCUCCUUGGAAGAAGCUCUUGAAGCAUCAGGGUGUGGCGCUGAUAUUAUCAUGCUGGACAACUUUGCUCCUGAGGAUUUGCACCCUACAGCCAGCACCGUAAAGGCCUCCUUCCCCCAUGUGACAGUUGAAGCCAGUGGAGGAAUCACCGAGGAGAACGUGGCCCGCUUUGUGGGGCCCAAUAUCGAUGUGAUCUCUCUUGGUUGCCUCACCCAAUCAGCCAAAGUGGUAGACUUCUCCCUCAAGAUCAGCCGGGAUCAGGCUCCCAAGUUGCCAUUGCGCAAUUUCGUUUUCUGAGCCAUCAAGAUGGGAGAGCCAACCAGUCCCAUUAAAAUCUUUGGGAGAUUUGUAGUUGAACAGGUUUGGGGAGGGAAUAGGGGCUGGGUUGCAUCUGCUGCUUAAGCCAGCACUCCCCAUAACUGUGCUGGUCUAGGAUGAUGGGAGUUGUACUCCAAAACUUCUGUGUAGUAGUUUACCAGUAGUUCUGGUAAAACCUACAUAGACGUUUCUUUUAAAGGACUCUUUUCUUACAUAGGAUCACUGGAGCAGAACCACCAUCAGGGUUGAGGGAGAGCAGCUACCUUUGCUCUCCUAACUUCUUCAACGUAUGUGAUUUCUGAGAGCAAGAAAAUGUAUGUCAUUUCCCUCCCACCUUCCCUUAGUCUGUGCCUUGCAUGCCUGCUGCAGGCAAUUUCACUAAGCUGGCCAAAUAAACUUUUUUUUAAAGUUGUUCCAUUGUCAUGUAUCAAAGUUGUCAUGGCCAGCAGCAUCAGCAUUGCUCUCUUGUCUUCCACCCCACAUUUUCCCAGAGUUGUAAUGCAGCUGCAAUUAUGUCCAGACUCUGAGUUGUCCAGAGAUUGUCUGAGAGCAUCAGACAAUGCUAGUGUUAUUGAAGCAUAAUAUGACGUGCAGCCUUCAUCAGGGAUGUGGGUGGGAAAACACAGGGGAUCCUAUCCUGGAGCAAGGAUAUAAAAAUAAAUGUGUAAGUGAAGCAAUAUUAGGCCUGCUACUGAGUUUAAAAUUAUUAAGUGAUUAAUUAUGUUACUUUAAUCAAAUUCUUUAAAUUUAAAUAUAGAUUAAAAACAAUUUGUUCU